AUGGCGUCACCUGCUUCCGCGACGAGAACUUCUACACGUGCAACUUGUACAACAUCAGCGCCCACGCCCUCACCCUCGCCCACGCACUCGCCCACGCCGGGACCACCGGAGGCCCAUACUGUUAUCAUCGGCAGCGGCAUCAUCGGACUCAGCGCUGCGUACUUUCUGUGCGAGAGCGGGAACACAGAUCCACAGACGAUAUGGCUUGUGGAUAGCAGCCCGGAGCUGUUGCACUGCUCGAGUGGCCUUGCGGCUGGCUUCUGCGCCAAGGACUGGUUCGCGCCGUCGGUCGCCGCGCUUGGCGCGCUCUCGUUCGCCCUCCACAAGGAACUCGCCGACGCGCACCACGGCCGCCAAACCUGGGGCUAUGCGCUGUCCACCGCCAUCAGCCUCAGCCAGGACUCCGAGUCGGCUCUCGCCGGCUCCGGUGAGGAUUGGCCCGCGAACGGCACCAGUCACGCGCAGCCCGCGGGCCGGAGUCGUCCCUCGGAGGCGGACGACGGCCCGCGGUGGCUGAGACGCACCGAGGAUGGCAUGAUGGAGGGCAUAAGUCGCGGGGGGUCGACGGCGCAGAUUGACCCGCGGCGGUUUUGCGCGUGGCUUAAGCAGAGCGUCGAGAAGCGGGGCGUGCGCGUGCUGUAUCCUGCGGUCGCGGCCGAGGUGCUGAGGGAUACGCAGGGGGCCUUGAGCGGCGUGCGCGUGGUGCGCAAUCGCAACCAGCGCACGCAGGACUUGCCGUGCACACGCCUCCUCAUCACCGCCGGCGCCUGGUCGCCCCGCGUCUUCGCCACGCUGUUCCCCGCCGCAAAGACGCGUAUUCCCAUCUGCGCGCUCGCCGGCCACUCGCUGCUCGUGCGCAACCCGUUCUUCGAUCCGCAGGAGAGGGAGAAGGAGAAGGACGUGUGCCACGCCGUAUUCGCGACCGACACGCUCGGUUUCGCGCCAGAGUUGUUUGCGCGAGUAGGCGGCGAGCUGUAUCUUGCGGGCCUGAACAGCACGAACAUCCCGCUGCCGGAUGUGGCGACGGACGCGGUCGCGAGCGAGAAAGCGAUCGCGCAGCUGAAGACGUGUGCGCGGGCUAUGCUGGCGGACAGCGGCGCGGGGAGGGAGAUGGAGGUCCUGCGGGAGGGAUUGUGCUUCCGCCCCGUCACGCCGAGCGGCCGGCCUCUCGUGACGCGUGUUCCUGACGAGAGGCUUGGGGGCGUCAGGACGAGAGGGGGAGGGGAGGGCGGAGUGUUUAUAGCGGCCGGGCACGGCGCCUGGGGGAUCUCGCAGGGGCCCGGCACAGGACUCGUGCUGGCGGAGCUGAUGGAGGGACGACCGACGAGCGCGAAUAUCGACGCAUUGCGCUUGCCGUCGUGA